UGUUGAGUUACCCUACAGACCGUGGCCAUGGCUUUGGCUGUGCCUGGCAGACACGGCGCUCCCGUUUCUCAGACCUGGUAGCGGUUUAAAAGGAGGGGGGGGGGGCUGCUGCCGGCUAACAGUUAACCCGCUGGACUUGCGGGUAUUUCUACGUAUUUGUGCUUCUUUUUCUUCACGUGUUGUUAAGCCGACCGGUCCUUGUUCACAAGGCUUUUAUGUUGACAACACAGGAGGUGACUUUGUAUCAUAAACCGAGCACUGGAUGAGGGCAGCAUCAUCUGUUUCAUUUGUGGAGCAAUCAGACGGGAUUCUGUGACUCACCUUGGGCCACUUAGGGUGGAGCCCCCGAAGAAACCUACCUGUACGUGUUAAGACGAAUGAGCCAAGCAUCGACCUUUUCAGAUGGACACUGGGAGACGGCAGUAUUCUGUUUCAAAGACACAAGAUUGAAGAAUACACUCAAGACUGAUGCAACACCGUUUUACCUCCCGUCCUCCUCUCCUCUUCCACUGAUUCAAUCAGAGAAAAACUCUUCUGCAUUCUACCUCCCAGAGAAAUAGCAAACAGCAAUUUAAUAUCUGUUAUCAGCAACAUUUCUUCAUUUACCUCAGGGAUUUUCUCCCACUGCCUACCUCUUCCACCGAAUCAGCCAACCCAGUGAUGUAAAGCAAAAACACACCUCUGACCCCUCACUGCUGUUACCAUGACAACCUGUAUUGCCUCUCAAGUUUUCCUCACUGCAGCCGAAACAACCAGCAAUGACCUUGGACCUCUUACCACCUGUCAGUUCAGACCUGCACACUGCCUAAAUUGUACUCGUCCACACUUGUAGCCUGGACCUCUGGCUAGUUAUAACUGGAAGCAAAAGGGUCACAGUUGCCAUGCAGUCAGCUACACACACACAAUAGACUUCACCCUUCGAUACAAUAUACCUGGCAGGCAACUAUAUACCUCAGCAGGUACGGAUUCUAGAUAGGCACCCAGUCAGCAGGACACUUUUCAGCUACAGCACUAAGCCUGGUGCUUCAUUCUACCUAGCAGACAACUCACUUAAGCAUCUUCCAUUUGCCUUAGAGUCAAGAAGAUAGCAACUGUAGCCAGGGAGGCCUCAAGAGAAGCAGAGAGAGAGAUUUCACUUCACUUAAUUUCCUUCUCAGCAAAGUCUCAUCAUACACGAGCCUCACGAUCUAAGCAGUAGCAUAAAUCGGCAAUUGCCCAGGAGGCCUUCAAAGAUCACAGAAGAGACACUGAAGUUUCUCCUGCCAUGAGCUUCCUCUUCACCCCAUGAAGCCUCCAUAGAAGUGAAGCUACCCACGGAGCAAGCCACAAAGAAUAACGAACUUCAUGGCAGAUUUAACUCGGAGCAUUAUAAACCUUGGGAAGUGAGAAGAGUAAUCACAGAGUAGAUCCAUAUUGUGUGACAGCAAAGAGAAAAGGAAGGGGAGCAUUAGGAGUAAAAAGAAGACCGCAGCGCUUUCUUUUGCUUCCACCGAUGUCCCGCACACCGUGCUCCUCCCAGCCAAUCACCACCCAGUUUCUCAGAUGGCUGUCUAUUGACAGGGCUGCCAGCGAAUGCUGAGCAGGCUGGCGAGGUUGAGGUCCGCCUCACUAUCCUGUGAUUGGCUGCUGGAUGGGACUGGGGCUUCAUGGAGCCAAUGUCCAACAAACAGGAUAGCAACUCAUCAGAGGGAGAUGAGAAAGGGUGGCCAGAUGUGCCGAAGAGAAAGAGUAAGAAGAGCCAGUGUUCGGUGAAGAGUAUGUCUGCUCUUAGUGUCUCUGUUCCAGGGUACAUCCCCAGCUACCUGGAGAAGGAUGAGCCGUGCGUGGUGUGUGGGGACAAGGCGACUGGCUACCACUACCGCUGCAUCACCUGCGAGGGAUGCAAGGGUUUUUUCCGCAGGACCAUCCAGAAGAACCUACAUCCAUCUUACUCCUGUAAAUAUGAAGGCUGCUGCAUCAUCGACAAGAUCACACGCAACCAGUGCCAGCUGUGCCGCUUUAAGAAGUGCAUCUGUGUGGGCAUGGCCAUGGACUUGGUGUUGGACGAGUCGAAGCGCGUGGCCAAGCGGCGUCUGAUCGAGGAGAACCGACAGAAAAGGAAGAGGGAGGAGAUGGUGCGAACGCUGCAGACGAAGCCGGAGCCAAACACUGCAGAGUGGGAACUGAUCAGGAUGGUAACCGAGGCCCACCGGCACACCAACGCCCAGGGAUCCAGCUGGAAACAGAAGCGCAAGUUCCUGUCGGAUGAUAUCGGCCAGGGUCCGAUGGUGCCCACUUCCAACGGAGAUAAGGUGGACCUGGAAGCCUUCAGCGAGUUCACCAAGAUCAUGACCCCCGCCAUCACGCGUGUCGUCGACUUUGCCAAGAAAUUGCCCAUGUUCUCGGCGCUGCCUUGUGAAGAUCAGAUCAUCUUGCUGAAGGGCUGCUGCAUGGAGAUCAUGUCGCUGCGCGCUGCUGUACGCUACGACCCAGAGAGCGAGACGCUGACGCUGAACGGCGAGAUGGCCGUGAAACGUGAGCAGCUGAAGAACGGCGGGUUGGGCGUGGUGUCGGACGCCAUCUUUGAUUUGGGCAAGAGCCUGGCUCAGUUUAACCUGGAUGAUUCGGAGGUGGCUCUGAUGCAGGCCGUGCUGCUCAUGAGCUCAGACCGUUCAGGGCUGACAAGUGUGGAGAAGAUCGAGCAAUGCCAAGAGGCCUACCUGCUUGCAUUCGAGCACUACAUCAACUACCGCAAGCACAGCAUUCCCCACUUCUGGCCCAAGCUGCUGAUGAAGGUGACGGAUCUGCGCAUGAUCGGAGCUUGCCACGCCAGCCGCUUCCUGCAUAUGAAGGUGGAGUGUCCCAACGAACUCUUUCCCCCGCUCUUCCUGGAAGUCUUUGAGGACCAGGAUGUGUGACUUACAGAACACUGAAACCACGGCACCCCCUGAAAGAACCUUCCACACACGAGGAAAUACAUUUGGGGCUGCUUUGGUGGAAGAGGGAGACUUGGGAAUGUGCCCUGUAAACUUUUUGUCUCAUUUUUGUCAAACACCCACAAGACCUACCACCUGCCACCAGCAAACACACAUCACCAUCAUCAGAAAGAAACACACUGACAAUCUGGCUUUGCUUUUUGUCAUUCUGACAGGUUAUAGAUAUUCACAAAUUUGAAUUCCAAACACACUGCCCUACGUACAGGAUACCUAUAUGCAAACACAAACCUCAUUGAUGAACUCCUCUUGCACCUGUUUGGACAAACGCUACACUAAUGCAAGCUGAGGGGCUUGGUUAUGUCUGUGUGACACCCCCCCCCCCCCUACAUGUUUUAUUUUUAUCUCUGGAACCUGACCAUUAGCUCCUCAGACAACUCCCAUCCCCACCACACAUCCAUCUCACGUGCAUCUCUUUAACAGCAAUGGUGUCCUCCGUCUGUGCGUGCGGCCCACCCCUCAGUCUGCCGAGGCCCUGUGAGUGUUUGUCGACCUACCUCCCUCACGUACUGACCUCUCUCUGAUCUCUCUCUGGCUCACGUACACACAGAGACCCACACACAUUAUGUACGUGCACAAAACACACCCCUGCACUCUUACCUCAUGUGAAAUGCAUUUGCUCGUUUAUUGUGUGAGCGGUGGUAGUCUGUUGAGAAAACAUGGAGCCAUGUAGUCCUCAGUUACCCAUGUCCCUCGAUGCUACUGUUAGGAGAAGAAACAGUGGGAACGCUUUAUAUGAAGCCCUUAUCUAUAAGUUUACAUACCUACAUAACACUUUAUGAUGCAUUAAUGCUGUUGCUCUGCGCAUUAUUAAGUCAUUUAACUGCAGACAGUAGACAUUACAGGUGUGAUUAUAAUGAUUUAAAGAUAUAAGUGGUCGAUAUGGUUUUGUCUACUUCAAGAAAGGGUGUAUUUAUACCUAGGAGGUUUUGAGAUUUGUGUCAUUAUACAGUAAAUGCUUGUUGUUUGCUUUAAGUUGAAGCAACAGUUGGAAAAAAGCAUUUUGGGAAAUAAGCCGCCUGUCGGUUACAUUAGUUUAGCACAAAGACUGGAAAGAAGGGGAAACAGCCUGGCUCAGUAAAUGUAAAUACUACAUAAGUUUUGUCUUUCAGCUCAUUGAUUUCGUUUUCCGGCCCAGGGUUCACUCUUAACACUCUCAUCGCAUCGUUUCUGAACACAGCAGGCAGCUGUGUUCAGCAAGUGAACCCAAAAACUGUAUGGGAGCUGUAACAUCAGAAAGACAAAGUUAGCAGCAAGCUGGCGAACAGAUAUUACCCUUAGGAGACCAAACAGUUAAAAAGAGAGUGAAUAUUGGACAGAAACAUGAGACCCAAUGAAUGCUAAUAUUGGAAAGUAAUAGCUGGUUGUGUACAAUUUCAGUCAGUGCUGUGUUCACAGCUUGUUUCCGGUCCUGAAUAGCCAAAACACAUUGUUUAAAAUAAAGUCUAUUGUAGCUAUCGGCUACAUAAGAAGUGUUCCCACUAUUUUAGUUAGGAUACAUUCAUUAAUAUUAAAAAAUAAAAUAUUUAUACUGUACUUACAUACAGUAUAAAUAUUCCUAGAAUACCUCUCCGACACAUACCUCCUGUUCUCAUUACCUCACACACAUGCAUAGUACACACACCCAUACAGUUUUUUUGAUGCAUUACCUCAGUUGUUUUGUUGCUCAUCUCUUCCUCCUCCUAAAUAACGACAGGGCUGCACCGCACUUCCUCUCGCCGUGUGUGUGUGUGUGUGUGUGUGUGUGUGUAUGUAUGUCAGUGUGUGUGUUUGGGUGGGUGAGUGCUUCUUCUCAUUGGAGCCUGUUAAUCGCACCGUUGCCCCGCCUCCUCACCUCCCUGCUGACUUGUGAUAGGUUCAGCACUGGCAAGUGCUGAGGGUGGGAGGGCAUGUUGUACCUCUGCAGGCCUCCCCCCUCACCUGUACCUGUUUCAAGUCCAGCCUGAAACCGACAGAUUCUACCUCACCUCUCAUCUCAGCGCAGCUGCUCGUCUGUCUGCAACACACUGACAUGCAUGCACAUAUACUGUAUGUAAAAAAGUAUAUAUAUGUGUGUGUGUGUGUGUGU